GAGCCACCAUUGAAUUGUGCAAUAAAUAUGAUACUGAUUGUUGCCGACGCUAGCAACUUUUUCAUUUCGCUGAUUUGGGUGCUUGGUGAAUGUGGAGUUCUAAGACUUCAUUCUAUUGUUUCGCUGCUCUAGAGAUACAAUUCUUCCGGAGCCUUUUGGCAGUGAUCCUCUCGUGUGUGCGAACGGAGGAUAGUGGACAUGGACCUCGGCAGCGCGCAUGAGGUAAAUGCAGGCAGAAUUCGGGAAGAAGUCCUGGCGACGAAGGGAUGUUGUGCGCAUUGGGUGUGGCGCAGGGUUUGCUGGAGACAGGCCUAAUGCAGCACUUCGCCUUCUUCAACAAGUGCCUGACAUGCAUUACCUAGUGCUGGAAUGCUUGGCAGAGCGCACAUUGUCAACCCGCUACGAGGCCUUUGUUGCUGGUGGCAAGGGCUACGAUCCCAGAAUUUCAGAGUGGAUGCGUUUGCUACUACCUGAAACAGCGAAACGAGGAGUUUGCCUGAUCACCAACAUGGGUGCCGUGGAUCCUUUGGGCGCACAGGAAGAAGUCCUGAAACUGGCUGCUGAACUGGGUCAUUCAAUCACUGUAGCUGUGGCAUAUGAGGUUCUGGAUACACAUUCAGUGAACUCUGAGCCGACUUAUUUCGAGGAUGAGGUUGGGGGAUGUAGCACAUACCUCGGAGCAGCUCCAUUAGUGCAGGCAUUAGAAACAUCAAAACCAGAUGUGCUCAUCACAUCACGUGUAGCUGACGCAUCGCUUUUCCUUGCGCCUAUGAUUUAUGAACUGGGUUGGAAGUGGGAAGACUGGGAGUGUCUGGCUCAAGGGACACUUGCAGGUCAUCUCCUCGAGUGUGGGUGUCAAUUGACGGGUGGAUACUUCAUGCAUCCUGCUGAUCCUCAACGGUCUUUCUCCCUCGGCCAACUACUCCAAACAUCGCUGCCUUAUGCCGAUGUGGCUUGGGACGGUGCAGUUACGCUGGGCAAGAUAGAGAGUAGUGGAGGGGAGCUCAGUAUUGCCACAUGUACUCAACAGCUUCUCUAUGAAAUUGGCGACCCUGCAGGAUACAUUACCCCAGAUGUGGUUGUGAACUUCAGCCAUGUCAGUUUUGAGCCCCUUUCUGCAGAUCGGAUCAUCGCCAAGGGCGCACAACCUGCAGCUCAAUCUGCGCCCAAAGAACUCCUACGGCUAGUUCCCAAGCAUUGUGGGUGGAAGGGGUGGGGAGAGGUUUCCUAUGGAGGCAGAUCAUGUGUGGAACGAGCAGCUGCUGCCGAUUAUUUGGUGCGAGCGUGGUUGGAGGAGACAUAUUCUGGAGUAAGUUCCUGCAUCCUUUCAUACCAUGUAGGUCUGGAUAGUCUUCAAAUAUUUCCUCCAGGCGUGCCAACUUCAGGAAGGCCGGUCAUGAACGAGGUGCGUUUGCGCAUGGAUGGACUUUUUGAGUCGCAAAAGCAGGCAUCCAAGUUCAUACAGGAGUUCGAAGCUCUCUACACCAAUGGUCCUGCAGGUGGCGGUGGAAUAAGAACGGGACUUAAUCACGAGAUACUCCUCCAUAAAUCCUUGAUCUCACGUGAGCAAGUGCAAUGGAAGACAUCUGCAUGCCAUACUGAUCCUCGCAGCUCUAAUUUGCCUUCUAGUUCGAAAACACCUUCUAAGCUUCCUGGUGUGAGCGCUACAGGGCGAAGUAGUUGCCCACACCAGCUGCAGGCAUCACCAGCGCCAUCAGCUGUAAAGCUACCGCUGUAUCAAGUAGCGCACGGCAGAACUGGCGACAAAGGCAACCAACUUAACGUGAGCAUUAUUCCUCACUGCCGGGCAGAUGUAGCUCGCCUGCAGCGCAUCAUCACCCCAUCUUGGGUAGUUUUAGCAAUGAAACAUCUUCUCGUGAAUCAUUCUGGUACUUCCGUCGAUUUUGUGAAGGCGCCCAUGUCAAACAAUUUACAGGAGAAUGAAGAUGUUACAAGGUUGUUGCUGUUGAUGGAGUCUUUGGUCGAGGUCUAUGAAGUGCCAGGAGUAGCGGCAUUGAAUGUUGUUGUGAAGGACGUACUGGAUGGGGGGGUCACUUGCUCUCGGAGGCUGGAUCGGCACGAGAAUUCUUGCAUGGCGUUUGAUGCCGCACCAUUUCGUUGCAUCCACGGUACCAUCCUGCAGCAUCGUGUCUUCAUCGAAGUGAGAAAUAUCGUUAGAAACAGACUUAACGGUUUCAAUAACGUUGGGUGGCAUGGUUGCUACCAGGGAGUUUGGCACCCAUUUGCUGCCACGAAAAGAGCGGCACUUCUUGCAAAGUCUGGCACAGCUUUUGACCUCGUUGCCCUUCAUGUUUGGCCUCAUGCGUGCCUGGUUCUCGACGCAGUUCAGGAGCCUGUCGGCCUAGCCCGCGCCGUUUCCAGAUGCUAAGUCUGUCCCUCCCCGUGGGUUUAUUUAGUUAAUGGGUGGGUCUGUUUAGAAAAACUUUAAUAUUAUUUGUAUUUUUCCUUAUUUAACAUUCAUUUUUGCAUCAUAAUUUUAAAUUUUAUAUAAUUUAUACAUA